AUGGCUAAGGAAAUGCAAGUUAAAUUUGCCAAGUAUUGGGAGGAUUACAGCAUCAUUUUGGCCAUGGGUGCAAUUUUUGAUCCAAGGCUGAAGUUACAAGUUCUUGAGAAGCUUUAUGAAACUUUGGAUCCUUCUACUUCUAGUUUAAAAACUAAAGAUCUUAAGACUCAUUUGACUACACUUUAUAAAGAGUAUCAAGAUAGGACUUGGGGCAGUUCUUCUAGUUCUUCAACUUCAUAUACACCAACUCCACAGGAUCUGGUUAAUGAAUCUCCUCUUGAAGAUGAUUUAGACAGUGAUCUCUUUGAAUUGGAAAGAAGCCUUGGGAGUAAUCUAGGAAACACAAGAACACAUUUAGAUGUGUAUCUUGAUGAGGAGAGGCUAGAUAGAAAGUCUUUUCCCAAUUUGGAUGUAUUAAACUAUUGGAGGGAAAACCAAGCUCGAUUUGGUGAUUUGGCAAUGAUGGCGCGUGACAUACUUAGUAUACCUAUCACGACAGUAGCAUCUGAAUCGGCUUUCAGUAUCGGAGCUCGGGUUCUAACUCCAUACCGAAGUCGCUUGCUUCCCAAGAAUGUCCAGGCUCUGCUCUGUACUCGCAACUGGUUGCGAGGUUUUGCGGAAUAUGAAGGUACAGUAGAAGAUGUUGAUGAUAUGUGCAACGAAGAUGCUAGGAAGAAUACAACUACUUCUGGAGUCGAGGGUUCAAGAUCAGAAGAUUCAAAUGUGCGUUGAACAUUUGAGGUAAUAUCUUUAAAACCUUAUCUAACGUUGAGUUCUCUUACAAAGUUAAAAUAUGUGCAUGGGAUAGUAGAGAUC